UUGCUGAUCAGCAACUGAUAAUAGGGGAACACUUUGGUAGCACUCGUAAUAGAUUGCCAUUGAGCUGAGCCACCAUCAUGGCGACGCUUGCGGUUGUGGGGCAUGCUGCGGCGGUGACGCAGCUCGUCGGCAACGCGUUCGGCCUCAUCGCAAAGAUCAAGCGGGCGGUGGAGACGGCGCGCCAGAACAAGCUGGAGUGCGACCUCAUCGCGCGCUGCGUGCCCACCAUCAACGGGGUGCUGUCUAGCCUGCCGCAGGAACCGGAGGUGGUGGCGCCGCUGCAGGAGCUCAACAUCACGCUGCAGGAGGCGCACGACAUGGUCGUCGCCUGCCGGGAUCGGAGCUCCGCCAAUUUGUUCUUCAGGUCCCGCCGCCACGCCGAGUGCUUCACUCAAGUCAACCUCAGGAUCAUGUCCGACAUCAACAUCCUUAACCUCUGCCUGCUCAACAUCAUCGCCCGGCGGCAGAAGACGACGACCAUCGCCUUGGUGCCAUCGUCGGAGUCCUGCUCUGGCUACCCGCAGCAGACUCGGUCUCAGAUGGUGGUGGUGCCCGAUUGCCCCAGGAUGUUCACGUUGGUGGAAAUUGCGGCGGCGACAAACAACUUCGCCGUCGAGCUCGGCGCAGGCUGCUCGGGGAAGGUGUACAAGGGCCGCCUCCACGACGGCCCGGAGGUGGCCGUGAAGGUGCUGGACAAGCACGGGCGGCAGGACGUGGAGCACGCGUUCGUUACGGAGCUCGAGAUCCUCUUCCCCCUCCGCCACGACCACAUCGUGCGGCUCGUCGGCUGGUACACGGAGGAGAAGGACCCCAUGUUCGUCUAUGAGCACGAGCAUAUGAGCAAUGGCACGCUCAGAGACCACCUGGUGCACGUGGGCCUGCGCACGCGCAUGCGCGUGCGCCUGAGCGGCGGCUUUAGCUCGACGCCGGUGAGGGUGUGCUGGAGGACCCGCGUGGAGGUGCUGCUGGGCGUGUCCCGGGCCGUCGAGCACUUGCACUGCAGCGGCAUCAUCCACCUCGACGUGAGCUCCUCCAACAUCCUCCUAGACGCCACCUGGAUGUCGCGCCUGUCCGGCUUCGGGGCAGCGGUCCUGCAAGCGCCGGCAGUGGCGGGCGGCCAGGUGGUCGAGGAGGUCGUCGGCACGCCCGGGUACCUCGACACGGGGCGUGUCAGCCCGGCGAGCGACGUGUGUAGCUUCGGGGUGGUGAUGCUAGAGGCGCUGACGGGCGAGGAUCCGGCCACCCUAGAGGUGGACUCCUCGCUCCAGGCCAUUAGGGACGGGAAGCUGCGGGAUGUGCUGGACUGCCGCCCCGCGACGCUGCCGCAGUUCGAUGCGCUGGACCUGGUGGCGCACACCGCGGAGCGCUGCAUGUACCCGCGGGGAAAGGGCCGGCCGUCCAUGACGGACGUCGUGGCCAGCCUUGAGAAGGCGCUCAGGAUGAUUCUCAUUAGGUAG